AUGGCCGAGUCACCUCGACCCAUGCCCUCUGCGGCAUUUCAACCUCACCACCACCAACUUCCGCCGCCUAUAUUCAACGACCCUCUGGGUCAAGCCGCACGAUUUUCAGGCCCUGGUCCGAUACUACCGCCUCUCGCAAUUUCAAGUCCCGUCAGAUCUACAUUACCGCAGCCCCUUGUUCAGCAAUCCAAGCAGCCCUCGCACAUUCCUCAACAGCAACAUUCGCAACAGCAGCACAUAUCUACCUCCUCGCAAACUCCCCACAAACGUGAGGUUCGACAAGUUUCAACGGCCCCAUAUGGGAGCGUCAUAACAUCGCAGACGACAUACAACUCCCCCGCCAAUUCCGGGCUCUCGUCGCCGGCUUCCUACGACUUCGGCGUUAGGUACGAUGAUAGAAGGUAUAGUCAAGACUCAGACCGGGAACGACGAAGAUCAAGUUUAAGCACUAUGGUCCCUUCUCCAACUUACAACGUGAAACGGUCGGUAGAGCACAAUUUUGUGGGGGAUCAGCAACAGCAACAGCAGCACCAGCAGCACCAGCAACACCAACACCAGCAACAGCCAAACUACCCAUCGAGGUACACGCCCACCUCAGUGGAAGAUGCAGUCGUGAGCCGACGGCCUAGUCGCCCACAAUCAAGCCCUGAGCGUUAUACGAUUCAGGUACGGCAGCAGCCCGUAGCGGCCCGGGCAUGUGGUUUUGGCGAACGGGAUCGACGAGUCAUAGAUCCCCCACCAAUCGUCCAGCUUAUCGUAAACGACCCUACAGGCCACUCAGACCCCAACGAGAUGCGGUAUCCAUUCAAUGUUGUACACUGCACACUGUGGAGCUCAGACGGAAACCAGGACGAAACCGCGCUAAUAGGCGUGGACAAGCGGCUGACGCGACGGCUGAUGGGUACACUGGUGUCAUCGCCGUUCGUGGGUCAGGACGAGGAAGGGAAAGAGGGCUGCUUUUUCUGCUUCCCCGAUUUAUCAUGUAGAACGCACGGUAAAUACCGAUUGAGAUUUGUUCUCAUGCGGUUAGAGCCUAGUGAUCUACGGCCGGAGGGCUAUACACCAAUAAUAACAGAGGCCAUGAGCGAGGUGUUUACCGUUUACACGGCGAAGGAAUUCCCCGGGAUGCGGCCAAGCACGGAAUUGACCAAGGCCCUCAAAUUACAGGGGUGUGCCAUAUCGGUCAAGAAGGGCAACGAAAAGGCGAUUGGAGCGCCAGGUGGCAGCGGCAAAGAUGAGGGGAGCGGCGAUGAUGAAGCUUCGCCUUCAACAGCGGCCGGGAAGCCGAAACGGAGAAGGAAAGUGUGA